ACGUCACUUCCGUGUCCACUCGCAACAUUCUCUAAGUAAAAUGGUGCAGUGCUGUGUCCCGUGUUGCAAUAACCGCAACGACGUCAACAAAACGAUCUCUUUUUACCGAUUUCCCCUCGAUGAAAAUGAGAAGAAGAGAUGGCUGAAGUUGAUACGGCGUGACAAGUUCACCCCGAACUGCAACUCCAGGGUCUGUGGGUGGCAUUUUCCUGAUGGCAAAGCAGCUGGGCCAACACGGUUUGCAUGGAAUGACGGAAAGGCUUUCCCCGACCACAUCCCCACCAAACGUAAAAAAAGAAUGGUCCCUGUGAGCGUGGAGGAUGAAGGAACAGCUGGACCAGGCCCAAACCACCUUGACAUUGCUCCUCAGACCCCUGGUACUUCAAGUGUUGUGCUUGAAAUUGAGAAUGAUAUGCUCAGAAAAGAAAAUGACCAACUGAAACGAGAAUUGGAGAAACAAAAACAAACAUUUUCAUUCAGUCAAAUAUCCUCACACCCUGACAAAGUUAAUUACUACACUGGCUUGACAGAUGCUGCCACUGUCUUCUUUUUGGAAGCCCUUCUCUCCAAAUUUUAUCUCCAGUACCACUUUAAUUGGAAUGUCCAAAUUAUGCCCCUUAUCGAUCAGCUACUCCUGACUUUGAUGAAGCUCCGACUGAAUUGCGGCAUCCUAGACCUAUCAACAAGAUUUAAUUGCUGCCGUGCCACAGUCACCAACAUUUUCACCACAAUCAGCAGUGCACUGUAUGACAUUUUGUAUGUUGGCAUGAUGGAAAACAACAUCCCCUCGAGAUUCAAGAACCAAACAUCCCUGCCAGAUUGCUUCCAGCCAUUUCCAGACUGUCGGAUUGUGCUUGACUGCACUGAAGUGGCCGUCUCCAAUACAGAAAGACUGGACACCCAGAGUCAUCUGUACAGUCAUUACAAAGGAUGCACCACACUUAAAGCUCUGAUCGGUGUGGCUCCCAAUGGAGUUAUAACCUUCGCCAGUGACCUAUACGGUGGAAGUACCUCGGACAAGGCGAUAACAGCUGACUGCGGAGUACUCCAACAGCUAGAACCAGGUGACAUGGUGAUGGCAGAUAAGGGACUCACUAUUCGUGACAUUUUGCCUGAGGGAGUUUCACUGAACAUCCCAACGUUCCUUGUCAAUGGACAGUUCACAGUGGAGGAAGUAAACCACAACAGACUCGUUGCCUGUGCAAGGAUUCAUGUAGAGCGUUCCAUACAACGUCUGAAAACAUUUGGCAUUUUGACCUACAUCCCGUACCAGCAUAAGAAGCAUGCCAACAAGAUCCUAAAAGUAUGUGUUUGUCUUGUGAAUUUACAGAAGCCCAUUCUUCACGAAAUUGCAUGAAUAAAUGUCAUUGUUUUA